UAUCCCACCUUGUUAUGUGCAUAUUCUUAGGAACUCUAAGUCUCCCUCCCCCCUCUCUCUUUCUCUCGCUCUCUCUCUCACUAUAUCAAUAUUAAUAUGAACCUCUCUCAAUUCAAUUCCAGAUAGACUUUGUUGGCAUUUGAGUUUUGUUGAAUUUCACCAAAAAAAAAAAAUGGGAAGGCAACCUUGCUGUGACAAAGUGGGGUUGAAGAAGGGGCCAUGGACUGCAGAGGAGGAUAAGAAACUCAUCAAUUUCAUCCUCACUAAUGGUCAAUGUUGCUGGAGAGCUCUCCCUAAACUAGCAGGGCUGCUAAGGUGUGGAAAAAGUUGCAGGCUCAGGUGGACAAAUUACCUGAGGCCAGACCUGAAGAGAGGCCUUCUAUCAGAAUAUGAAGAGAAAAUGGUCAUUGAUCUUCAUGCUCAACUUGGCAAUAGAUGGUCUAAGAUUGCUUCUCAUCUCCCAGGAAGAACCGAUAAUGAGAUCAAGAAUCACUGGAAUACCCACAUAAAGAAAAAGCUCAAGAAAAUGGGAAUUGAUCCUGUUACUCACAAGCCACUUUCCAAUAAAACUGAGGAAACUCAAGCCCAACCAGAUGAACAAACCCAUCAACCAUUGCAAGAACAACAACAACAACAACAACAACAUCAACAUCAACAACAACCUAUCCCAGUUGAGAAAGACCUCAAAUUUGAACCUGAAAAGGAGCAAAACAGGGAGCCAGAGACUUCAGUUGAAUCAUCAACCAUCACUGAAGAAGUUAAGGAGGAAGACCAAAUCAUGACACCCCUAUUUGACUCAUGGGAACUAAUGAAUGAGUUCUGCACUGAUGAAGCUCCCAUAAUAGAACCAAAUGAGAUUCUAGUUCCUUCUGCUCCUUCUUCCACUUCACCAACCACUACUACUAUAUCAUCUUCAACAUCAACAUCCUCUUAUUCAAAUUCAUCCAACUUCCUUGAAGACCUGCUGCUCCCAGAUUUGGAGUGGUCUGAUGAUUACAAUGAUACUAAUUUUGACAACAAUAGCAGCAUGGCCUUGUGGGAUGAUGACUUUAUUGGAAGUUGGAAUUCGCUUAUUAAUGGUGAUGGUGAUAGAAAGCAAGUGUUUGACGCUCCUAUCAAUCAGUACCCAAGAGUGAUCAUGGAUUCAGAUUCUUGGGACUAUGGCUUGUUUUGAUUUGAAAAUUAUUUUUCCUCUCCCCACUGCUUACUUGUAAUGUGCUUGUAAGUUGUUGCAAAGAAUAAAGUAAAUCAGGAUUCUUGUUUAGUAUAUUUAUAUCCACUUUUUUGUUCCCCAACUUUUCACCCUAUAAUAAAGGGAAACGAUAUCUUGUAUAUGGUAGUGCAAAGGUGUUAAUUUGUU